AUGCAUCGCGCAAGAACAGCUCUCCAUAUGGUGAACCCGAUGGGUCAGCAGAACUUCGGAUCGUUUCUGCUGAAAAAACCAGCAUCGAAGCUUACCACGGAACUAGUUGCAGCUUCGUCUGUGAAACUGUACAACUCCGCCGCAGCUGAACCAUUCCUGAAUGGUUCCUCGUCAAACUACAUCGACGAUAUGUACAAUGCCUGGCUGCGGGAUCCGGCUUCCGUGCAUGCGUCCUGGGAUGCAUAUUUCCGCAACAAUUCCUACGCAGCACCACCGAGCUUAGCGCCAGUACCGAAGAAUCAUGUCCCCGCCGCACAGUAUCUCGGCAGUUCGCUACCGGCCGUGGCAGGCGGUGGUGUCGCCGUCGGUGGACGUAUCGACGAUAAGCUGAUCGAUGAUCAUCUUGCCGUGCAAGCUAUCAUUCGUAGCUAUCAGUCCCGUGGUCAUCUGGUUGCGGACAUUGAUCCGCUGGGCAUUCUGAAUGCCGAAAUCAACCCGGAGAGAGCGAAUCUGCGUGCGAAUGAAAAAGUUACCCGCAGUUAUAUGAACUUCGAGGAAGCUGACAUGGAGCGUGUCUUCAAGCUGCCGAGCACGACAUUCAUCGGUGGUAAGGAAAAAUUCCUGCCCCUGCGGGAAAUUCUCGGCCGGCUGGAGAAGGCAUACUGUAACAAAAUCGGCGUAGAGUUCAUGUUCAUCAACUCGCUAGAACAAUGUAACUGGAUUCGCGAGCGAUUCGAAACGCCCAACAUUAUGACCUACACGAACGAGGAGAAACGUCUCAUUCUGGCCCGUCUGACGCGUGCGACCGGGUUCGAAGCGUUCUUGGCGAAGAAAUUCUCGUCGGAAAAGCGUUUCGGUCUUGAGGGUUGUGAAAUCAUGAUUCCCGCGAUGAAGGAGGUUAUCGAUGUGUCGACCCGGCUGGGCGUGGAGUCCAUCAUCAUGGGUAUGCCGCAUCGUGGUCGGUUGAACGUGCUGGCCAACGUGUGCCGCAAGCCACUGCAUCAGAUCUUUACGCAGUUUGCUGGUUUGGAAGCUGCUGAUGAUGGCUCUGGCGAUGUAAAAUACCAUCUGGGUACGUACAUUGAGCGGUUGAACCGUGUGACGAACAAGAACAUUCGGUUGGCCGUCGUUGCCAACCCGUCCCAUCUGGAGGCGGUCGAUCCGGUCGUGCAGGGUAAGACGCGUGCCGAACAGUUCUACCGUGGUGAUGGCGAGGGCAAAAAGGUGAUGUCGAUCUUGCUGCACGGUGAUGCGGCCUUCUGCGGUCAGGGUGUGGUGUUUGAGACGAUGCAUUUGUCCGAUCUGCCCGACUACACCACGCACGGUACGAUCCACAUCGUGGUGAAUAAUCAGAUUGGUUUCACAACCGAUCCGCGUCACUCGCGUUCAUCCCCGUACUGUACGGAUGUGGCACGUGUUGUCAAUGCACCAAUCUUCCACGUCAACGGUGACGAUCCGGAAGCGGUAAUGCAUGUUUGCAAGGUGGCUGCUGAGUGGCGUGCCACCUUCCAUAAGGACGUUAUCAUCGAUAUCGUGAGCUACCGCCGCAACGGACACAACGAAAUUGAUGAGCCAAUGUUCACGCAACCGCUAAUGUACAAGAAGAUCCGUGGUACGAAACCUGCACUUGACAUUUACGCUAAUCAGCUUAUCACGGAAGGUGUUGUGACGGCUGAGGAGGUCAAGAGCGUGAAGGAUAAGUACGAGAAGAUCUGCGAGGAAGCGUUUGAGCAGGCAAAGACCGAAACGCACAUCAAGUACAAGGACUGGAUCGAUUCUCCGUGGUCCGGCUUCUUCGAGGGUAAGGACCCGCUGAAGGUUGCACCGACCGGUGUGAUCGAGGAAACGCUGGUACACAUCGGUAACCGAUUCUCGUCGCCACCCCCGAACGCGGCUGAAUUCGUCAUCCAUAAGGGUUUGUUGCGUGUGCUGGCCGCACGUAAGGAAAUGUUGGAAAACAAAACCAUCGAUUGGGCGUUGGCUGAAGCGAUGGCGUUCGGUUCGCUGCUGAAGGAAGGCAUUCACGUCCGUCUGUCAGGACAGGACGUCGAGCGUGGUACUUUCUCACAUCGUCACCACGUGCUGCACCAUCAGACGGUUGAUAAGGCGACAUACAGGCCGCUGUGCCAUCUGUACCCGGACCAGGCCCCGUACACGGUCUGCAACAGCUCGUUGUCUGAGUUUGGUGUGCUCGGAUUUGAACUUGGUUACUCGAUGACCAACCCGAAUGCGCUCGUUUGCUGGGAAGCGCAGUUCGGCGACUUCAACAACACCGCACAGUGCAUUAUUGACCAGUUUGUCUCGUCGGGACAAGCAAAGUGGGUGCGCCAGAGUGGUUUGGUGAUGCUGCUACCGCACGGUAUGGAAGGUAUGGGACCGGAACAUUCGUCGGCCCGUGUCGAGCGAUUCCUUCAGAUGUGUUCGGACGAUCCCGAUUACUUCCCGCCGGAGUCGGAUGAGUUUGCCAUUCGGCAGCUGCACGACAUCAACUGGAUCGUAGCGAAUUGUUCGACCCCGGGCAACUACUUCCAUCUGCUGCGCCGUCAGAUUGCGCUGCCGUUCCGCAAGCCGUUGAUUGUGCUGACGCCCAAGUCGCUGCUGCGUCAUCCGGAAUGCAGGAGCAACUUCAGCGAGAUGACUGAUGGAACCCAAUUCCAGCGAUUGAUUCCCGAUGCAUUGACCGCCGAAAACCCGAACCAGGUGAAGCGUGUAAUCUUCUGUACCGGUCGUGUGUAUUACGACUUGCUGAAGGCGCGUCGUGACCGCAAGCUGGAUAGUAAUAUUGCGAUCAGCCGCAUUGAACAGAUUUCGCCCUUCCCGUACGAUCUGGUGAAGGCUGAGUGCGCCAAAUAUCCGAACGCUGAGCUGGUGUGGGCCCAGGAAGAACACAAGAACCAAGGUUGCUGGACGUACGUGCAGCCACGCUUCGACACCGCGAUCAACUCGACUCGUGAUUUCAGCUAUGUUGGACGUCCUUGUGGUGCAUCUACCGCCACGGGCUCGAAGGCCCAACACAUGAAGGAAUUGAAAAAUCUGCUAGACGACGCGAUGGCCUUGUAA